AUGGCAACAAGAUCAAACAGCCUUCAUUUUCCAGAAAUUGCGCGUUCUUCAUCGUUCUUGAGUCCAAAUUCGGUUAUGGCCAUCUCUCAACCAAAUCGCGCAAACCAUAUAUGGAUAGAAAGGUCUAAGCACUCGUACGUAGCCGCUGUGACGCCUGCAUUCAAUCAACAACCUGCUCAGGCUUAUCAAGCGCCUCCAGCUUAUCGACCAGCUCCAGUUCAACAACGUGCUGCGGCUCCGCCAGCUUAUCAACAAGCACCAGCAACUCCUGUUUAUCAACAACCGAGAGCUCAAGCGCCGAGGCAGAAUGCUCAGAACCAAAAUAGGAGACAAGGGGAGAAGGCGACCUUCAAUCCAAUCCCAAUGUCGUACACUGAGUUGUAUCCCUCUUUGUUGCAAAAGGGUUUGGUGGUUCCUAGACCUAUGGGACCUCCACCUGACCGUCUUCCUCCAUGGUACAACCCUAAUGCACACUGCCCUUUUCAUGAAGGUGCCCUCGGGCAUGACCUAGAGGGCUGCUACGCUCUGAAGCAUAGGGUUCGUGAGUUAAUUGAGAGCAAGAUCCUGUCUUUUAAGGACGUGGGACCGAAUGUGAAGAACAAUCCUCUUCCUCCCCAUGGAGAUCCUGCAGUAAACGCCAUUGAGGAUGCCUUUGUUGGUAUUACGGUUGAUAAGGUGGAUGAUGUGAAGACUCUUUUGGUGGCAUUCCAUGCCCGAUUGGUGGAAGCUGGCCUGAUUAAUGUAAAUCAUGAAAAUUGUGAAGAGUGUGCCACACAUCCAAAAGGGUGUCAGGUGGUGCGAGAUAAUAUUCAAGGCUUGAUGGAUGAAGGAAUGCUUCAAAUAUCCAGUGUCGUGAAGAACGAAGACGUGUUGGUAAUUGAACCUUGUUUCAAUUUACCCGAACCAGUGGAAAUCCCUUAUUAUAGCAGAAGGGUGGCGCCUGAGAAUAGUCAUCCGUCGCCUGUUGAAAUAUGUAUGCCCACACCUUUUCCCUACGAGAGCACCAAGGCUGUGCCUUGGAAAUAUGAGAUUACUGCUGUGGAUGAGGUUGUUGAAGGAAGUUCAGACGCUGAGGUGACAGAAGCUCUGAAAGAUGUAGAAAAGGCCACUUCUAAUUUUACAAUGAUCAUUGGCCUUGGAGCAUUUGGUUCUGUUUACAAAGCACAAAUGCCUACAGGUGAGACGGUUGCAGUUAAAGUUCUUGGUGCUAAUUCAAGACAAGGAGAACAAGAAUUUUUAACUGAGGUUCUAUUACUUGGAAGAUUACAUCACAAAAACCUUGUGGCUUUGGUGGGAUAUGUUGCGGAAAGAGGGCGACAUAUGCUCCUUUACAUUUACAUGAGCAAUGGUAGUUUUGCUUCUCAUUUAUAUGGAAAAGAUUAUGAGCCAUUAAGCUGGGAUUUGAGACUUAGCAUAGCACUAGAUGUUGCAAGGGUGCUGGAAUAUCUACAUUAUGGGGUUGAUCCACCUAUUAUGCACCGUGACAUCAAGUCUUCCAACAUUCUAUUGGAUGAGUUUAUGAAAGCCAAGGUCACUGACUUUGGGCUUUCCAGACCAGAGAUGAUUAAGCCGCGUGCGUCGAAUAUCAGAGGAACUUUUGGAUAUCUUGAUCUUGAGUAUAUAUCUACAAGUACCUUCACUAAGAAAAGCGAUGUAUAUAGUUUUGGUGUGCUACUUUUCGAGCUUAUUACUGGAAGAAAUCCACAGCAGGGGCUAAUGGAAUACGUAAAACUAGUUGCCAUGGAAAGUGAGGGAAAGAUUGGAUGGGAAGAAAUUGUGGAUCCGAAACUGAAUGAAAACUAUGAUGUAAACAAGCUUAAUGAUAUGGCCUCACUUGCGUUCAAAUGUGUCAGUGGAGUUUCCAAAACUAGACCUUCAAUGAGGACUGUUGUUCAAGCAUUAUCUAAGCUUUAUAAGAAGCCUAAAAGAAAUCAUAGCCAGACAUCUUCUACUGCACAGCCGAUAAUCAUAGGAGUUUGUCGUUGUUCUUGA